GUGGAAGCGGUGCUGCGAGAUGAUCGACGCCGCGGGAGCCGCGGGGGUGAACGUCCUGUGCCUGCAGGAGGCGUGGACGAUGCCGUUUGGCUUUUGCACCCGGGAGAAGUACCCGUGGGUAGAGUUCGCCGAACCCGCCGAGGACGGACCGACGACGCGGCUGAUCCAGCGCAAGGCUCGGCAGUGGAACAUGGUCAUCGUGUCCCCGAUACUCGAACGCGACGAGCGACACGGCGGGACCGUGUGGAACACCGCCGUCGUGAUAAGCAACAACGGACGGUUCCUCGGGAAGCACCGCAAGAACCACAUCCCGCGAGUGGGCGACUUCAACGAGAGCACCUACUACAUGGAGGGCAACACGGGGCACCCGGUCUUCGAGACUGCGUUCGGCAAGAUCGCGAUCAACAUAUGCUACGGGCGGCACCAUCCUCUCAACUGGCAGGCUUUCGGGCUGAACGGCGCCGAGAUCGUCUUCAACCCUUCCGCCACCGUCGGCGGCCUCUCGGAGCCGAUGUGGUCGAUAGAGGGAAGAAACGCGGCCAUCGCGAACAACUACUACGUGGCUUCGAUAAACCGCGUGGGAACCGAGCACUUUCCGAACAAGUUCACCUCGGGCGACGGCGGCGAGGCGCACAACGAUUUCGGUCAUUUCUACGGUUCAUCCUACGUGGCGGGUCCGGAUGCCUCCCGAACCCCGAGCCUCUCUCGUUCCAGGGACGGCCUGAUGGUCUGCGACGUUAACCUGGGCCUGUGCCGCCAGGUGAAGGACAAGUGGGGAUUCCAGAUGACUGCCAGGUACGACAUGUACGCGGAGUUCUUCCGGAAGUUCACGGACAUGAACUACGAGCCGCAGGUGAUCAGGGACCCGAGCCUCGGGGACUCGGAGGAGGACUUCAACUUCUGACUUUCGAUUGCCCGACUUCCGAUCAGAAGACCGGUGUAGCAUACGACCAAUCAUAGUGUAAUUCAAUCCCCAUUCUUUCCCGUCACCCCACGCGCCACGUCGAGAGCACGCCGCGGUCGUCGCCGACGACCAACGUCCCGCCCCCGGGGACCUCCGCGAUUGCCCGCACCCCCGCCGGGCGGCGAGACGCCGGGCCGACCCCCGCGCCGUCCUCCUUUCCGGAAACGAGGAAACUCGCGUCGUCCACCGAGCGGAUCGUCCCGGUGCUCCCGUCGACCGACCACGCCCUGACCCAACCGUCGUCACCCCCCGAGUAGAAAUCCACCCCCCCGACUCCACCGUCACUCGCACUGCCACCGCCGUCCCCGGAUCGAAAGCCGAUUGAACGCGCGAAUAAGCACCGAACCUUGGCGGCGUUCGGGCCGUGCGCGUCCCGCACCGACCCGCGCGGCGCGAGAUCCGACGUCGACCACGACCGCAGCAUCCCGCCGUGGCAGCCGCUCACCACGAACCGUUCGUCUCGCGGGGUCCGUCCCACGGCGACGAGCGCGGCGACGCGCCCGGGGUGGUUGCGGGGGUGUGCCGGGCUCAGCUCCGUUUGUUCGGGGCUUUGGUCGUCGGGGCGUCGCAACGGGGACAUCGCGACUGGUCCCCCCGCGGCCCCCUCGCGCCCCCGCCCCCGCUGGGAUUCGAUCCCGCGACCUCCUCCCGCGCGAACGCUCCACCCCCGCACGGUUCCGUCCGCGACGCCGCAGAACAGCCGGCCGGACGUCGCGGCGAGCGCGAGGAUGUCGCCGGUGAAUAUUUGAACGUCUCCGGAUGGAACGUCGGACAGGUUCCCGUCGCCGACGUCACGCCACGCGCGCACGACGUUGCACGCGGCGCUGAAGCCGUAACGGUCGUCGUAACGGUCGUCGUCCUCGUCCUCCUCGUCGUCGUCCCGCGGGAGCACCGCGACCGCGCGCACCCAUCCGGUGUGGUUCGACACGCGGAGCCGCGGACGAGACGCGUCGGAUGGGUGAUGCUCCGAUGCGACGAUGCGACGCGCGUCGACGGCGCGUGCGUCGCGCGCGUGCGUCCCGACGUACACCGCGUCUGUCCCGUCGCCGGCGG